CCUCGCAAGUCAAGUCACGAGUUCGUUUCCUUCAGAGAUAAAUAUAAAAUAUGGUUGAGACAAGUCGUGAAAACCGUAAUUUUGGUUGAUAAACCUGUUCUGGUGAUGUGUCAACCCCUGCUGUUACAAUAAUCUGUGUGUUGUACGUUCACAACUUUUUAAAUGCUCAUAUGUUGGCCGCAACGCAAAACUGGAUAUCUUCCAGGAGGGCAAAUAAUAGCACCUCGGAAAGCUCAUGACGCUCGGAGGUAUCGAAGAAAUGAUGACGAGAGAGAACGCUAACGCGGCUGAACGACUUGGCCCACUCGCGGACAGUGUCGACGCACGACGCACCUUUUCGCCAGUUUGUUCAUCCGCAACGGAGACUCGAGCGGCAAAUAUAAUUUAAAAGGCAUAUAUGGGGCCGCCGCCGACCACCGCCUUCUGAUCGGACAGGAAACCCCCGCCACUGCACGCCACCUCGACACGCCAAAAAGGACGCUCGAUCGCCGUCAAGUGCGAUCGCCGGCCGGCCAAGCUGCUACGACAGGAGGAACGCCUCGCCCCGGCGGCCCCGGCCGCCCCCUCUUCAAAGGCCAUGCUCUGCGCUCGGGCUGUGGGCGCCCUGUUGGCGCUGGUCCUCGUGUCCGGGGUGGCGCUGGCCGUCGUGAUGGUGGAGGCGCCGUUGCACCCCGAUGACACCCCGCGGACGCUCGUCGUGGACACGGACGCGGGGGCCGACGACGCCGUGGCCAUCCUGGAGAUCCUCCAGGCUGAGGCCAGAAACCUGAGGCCGUUCAGGACAAUCGCCAUCACAUGUGUCCAGGGUAACACCGGCGUGGAGAACGUCACUCGAAACGUUCUCGCCACCCUGAAGAUCGCCGACCGUUUGGACAUCCCCGUGUACGCGGGUGCCGCGGUCGCGUUGCUGCCCCCGCGGCCUUCCUACAGCGGCUUCUUCGGCAGCGACGGCUUCGGCGACUUCCUGGACACGUUCCCGGCUGAGCCCGCGCCCGAGCAGUACCUCCGCGAGGGGCCCGCCGCCGUCGCCCUGGUGCGGCUCGUCAAGGAGAACCCCGGUCAGCUGACCCUGGUGUGCAUCGGGCCGCUGACCAACGUGGCGCUGGCCGCCCGCCUGGACCCGGGCUUCCUGGACAACCUGCGGGACCUGUUCAUCCUGGGCGGAGCUGCACGCGGGAAUGGGAAUGCCGCACCGGGCGCGGAGUUCAACGUGCUCGGGGACCCGGGCGCCGCCGCCGUGGUGCUGGAGGCCGUGACGAAGCCUGUCUACCUGCUGCCCUGGGAGACGGUCAUGGAUGCCGAGCUGCCCAUGGAGUGGCGGGUCAAGGAGCUGGGCGAGGUAAGGUCGAUCGCCAUGAAAUUCCUCAACUUGGCGGAGUCGGUGGCGCUGUCCAAAAUGAGCACCUGGACCAGCGGGGACGGGCUCCUGGCGGCGCACCUCAUCGACGGCGCUGUGGCCCCCUUCGGCAGAGCGGUGCGGGUGGCGGUGCUCGUCGGCGAGGGCCCAGCACGCGGCGUCACCCUCGUCGACUACGCCAACACGACGGGACUGCCCGCCAACGCCGUGCUGAUCGAGAAGCCGGACACGUCCCUUUUCAAGAGACUGCUGCUUGACCUACUCGGCUGACUCGGUCGGAGUUGGAAAUUUGGGCGACAUUUGGAACAUUGACUGAAAAAAAUAAAUAAAUGAUCUAUCCUUA